AUGGCAUUUUCUAAGGAGCAGAUCAAGGCGAUCGGGAUUACAGAGCGUGUUGGCUCUUCGUUUUCACUACUCUGCUCGAGCUCGGUCAUUGCCACCUUUUUCUUCACUGACCAAUUCCAGACCCCUAUCCAUAGAUUGUUGUUCUUCGCUACUUUGGGAAAUGUGUGGUCAAAUAUAGGCAUGCUGAUUGCUUUCUCAGGGGUUUCUCGGGGGGAGAGUUCAGCACUUUGCCAAUUUCAAGGAUUAUUGAUUCAAUGGUCGUUUCCGCCUGCCGAUGCCUUCUGGUCUCUUUGUAUGGCACUCAAUAUAUACUUGACGUGCUUUCGAAGAUAUGACAUAGCGAUGCUACGAAAGCUUGAGUGGAAAUAUUUCCUCUUCAGCUAUGGCGUACCAUUUAUUCCAGCAUUCAUAUUUCUAUUCAUCGAGACAGAGUCGAAUGGAAAGAUAUACGGAUCAGCUUAUAUUUGGUGCUGGGUGACCAUUGAUUGGCGUGCUCUCUAUCUUGCUGCGUAUUAUGUUCCUGUUUGGAUUGCCAAUGUUUUGACUAUAUGGGUCUACUUUAGGACAGGCUAUAAGAUUCUAAGAAGCCGGAAGCAGCUCCGAAGAAUAGUCUUUGAUGAAAAUAUGCCUCAGCAUGAUUUAGAAGGCACCCGUGGGUCUUUGGCAGGUCAAAUCACGAUGGUCGAAUAUUCCCACAGGGAUCACGCGCGUCAAAAUAUUGAGAUUUCAGGCGAAGAAAUACCUUACGGAUCUCAUGAAAGCGAUGGUUGCUCAGGGUCAAAUAUGCACGUCGCACACACGCAGACUGCGGUUUGGCCCUACGCAAAACGAGCUAUACUUUUCUUUACGUCCAUCGUAAUCACUAAAUCGUCUGUACUCCUACGCCCAUCCGGACAAUCCAUCGUUCGUUUUGAAUUAUUUACAGUCGUUCUUUCUCCCCUUGCAGGGCUUUUGGAAUUCCUGCAUCUACUUGUCUACCUUUCCCUUUCUGUUCAAAAGAUUUUUUUUCCUGAAAACUUUUAA